AUGAUAAAUUUAAAUUCACCAACAUUAUCUAAAACAAAAUCAACAUCAUCAAAUGCAAUUUUAUUUACAGUUCAUUUUCAUAAAUUAUAUCCAUGGUUUUUACUUCCAUUCGGUAUUAUUGGAUCAUUAUUAACAAUUAUUAUUUUUACACGAAAUAAAUUUCGAAGAUAUGGUUGUUCUCUAUUAUUUGUAGCAGAAAGUGUUAUGGAUUUCAUAUUAAUAACAUUAAAUUGUGUACGACUAAUAAUUCGGUAUACAUUUCAAUCAUAUUUUUUACAACGUUCACUCUAUAUUUGUCGAACAUAUAAAUUUAUGACAAAUUUUUGUAAUCAUUGUGCCGUUUGGAUAUUAUGUGUAAUAUCAUUGGAACGUGCUGUUGUUACUAAACGAACUAAUUGGAGUAAAAAAGUAUUUAGUAAAAAUCAUUACUAUUCAAUAUUACUUUUUAUGUUUUUCAUAUUAUUUUGUUUAAAUGGACAUUAUCUUCUCUUUUUUGGUAUUGAACAAUCUGAUGAUGAUAAUAAUCUUAAUGGUAAUUAUACAAUAUUAAAAAAAACGAAACUUGUUUUAUGUAGUUCAAAUUUAACACAGCCCACUGAUAGAUAUAAUCGUUUUUUAACACAUCAUUUUACGUGGAUGGAUUUUAUUAUUAAUUCAUUAAUACCUUUCUUUAUAAUUCUUAUUGCUAAUUUAAGUGUAAUGCAUAGUGUUUGUAUGCAACGAAUAUUAUUAGAUAAAGUGGGCUGUAGACAAACAAAAUCGGCAAAAGAUGCACAAUUAACUUAUAUUCUAUUUGUAUCAACAUUUUUAUUUUUACUUAUGACAUUUCCAAUGAGAAUAUUUUCAAUAAUUGAACCAUAUUUAAAAUUUAAUAAAGAUAUAUUAAUUUUAUUAGAUGGUAUAAUGAGAUUUUUAUUAUAUUUAGAUCAUGGUUGUGGAUUUUAUUUAUAUACAUUUACUGGAAAAUUAUUUCGAAAAGAAUUGAGAAAAAUUUUAUUAAUGUUUUUAUUUGGUAGAAGACGUUAUAAUUGGUCAGUUCAAGAAUCAAAAAGACAUGGUGAAUUGGGUUAUUCAAAUGGUAGUAGUUGGCAACAACAUGUUCCACAAACUCAACAACAUCUUAAUAAUUCUAUUAGUAGUGGUGGUUGUAAAUCAUCUCUUUCUUUAACAAUGUAUAAUGAUUCAAAAAUACCUCCUUAUCAUUGUAAACAUUAUUCAAGAAGUGGUAAAACACAAAAAUAUACAUCAGAUAGAUCACUUGGUCCCUAUGGAAUGAAACGACAAGAUUUUAAUAUCGAUCGUAAAGGUGGUCUUGUUAAAAGACACAGUUCAUCGUGUUUAGAAGAAACAUAUCAAAGAACAAAUGAUGAAAUAACAAUGAAUGAUGAUGAAAAUAAUGCGCUUAAUAUGGAUCGAAAAAGUGAUAUUUUAUAA